UGCAGUUGCUGGCGUGAAGAUUGAAGAAGAAAAUUUGAUUCGCCCUUCUUACUGUACAGCUGCAAAGGAGUGUGAGCGUGUAGCAGAUGUGAAAACGGAAAAUCGGAAUAAAUUGAGUUGAAUUCGCGUACGGCUUGUUCGAUUUUCGAUCGGAAAGUGUUCAAUUUAGGGGCUAGUAAAAACAGCGGACCAAAUAAGAGUGCGCGAACGGGAGCUUACCCUGUGAACCCUUGGAUCGGAUCUACGCGAGAGGCAACCAAAAGGACAACGAAAACGGAUACUUUUGCCUCACACACACCCGAACCAACUGGAAUAUCGCAGUAGUAAAACAUAUACACCUGGCUACAGCUAUAGCAGAGCAUCAUGGAUAAAAGGAAAUUAUCUACAUCGGGUGACACACUUUACCUAACGCUUGGAAUACCAAAGACAGCCACAGCCGAUGAAAUCAAGAAGACAUACCGGAAAUUGGCUCUAAAAUAUCAUCCGGAUAAGAACCCAAAUAAUCCAGACGCAGCCGAGAAGUUCAAAGAGGUGAACCGCGCGCAUUCCAUCCUCAGUGACCUGACCAAACGGAACAUUUACGACAACUACGGUUCGCUUGGACUGUACAUAGCCGAACAGUUCGGAGAGGAGAAUGUCAAUGCGUACUUCAUGGUGACGUCGCCGACAUGCAAGGCGCUUGUCCUUAUUUGUGGCAUAAUAACGGGAUGUUAUUGCUGCUGCUGUUGUUGCUGUUGCUGUAAUUUCUGCUGCGGCAAGUACAAACCUCCGGCGAAUGAUAGCACCAGUGACUACCAUCAUCUGCACAGAGAUGCUGCCAGUAGUAGCAACGCAGGUGAAGGACCAACAGUUACAGAACAGCCCACCCGAAGAGAAGAUUUGGCUGACCUAGAAGACAACGGCGGCGGUGGUUCGGGUGGACCGGUGACAUCACAACCGACUGCCGGACAGGCCCAGGGAGCCGGAAUGCCAGUGUACGCGAUGCCACCACCAUCGGCGAAUCCAACUAACCCAUUCACGGGACAGGCGGCGGCCAAUGAGAGUACAGGCCUGAACACCGGUACUCAACCGGUGUACACGCCAGGCCGCUAAAUUCAACCCGGAUUUUAAUCAGCUUUAGAUACGAAACAAAACCAAUGGUAUGCUGUAAGUGUUGAAGCCAUUAAUUGAAAAUAUCUUUAUCCUUUGAAAUCUACCACAAACAAAAUCAACAAACCACAAUAAGUAUAAUUGCAUCAAUCACCAACAACACGAUACCCGUUACUUGGAUUGCGAUACCGACCGCGACAAACUGAAGUGGAACAUAACUUUAACUAUGUUUAAGCUUAGAGUAAUUUUGCAGUCCGAUUUGAGUAUAUCUUAUAAUAACAUAAAGAGAAGAGAAAUACAAUUAAUGCAUAUAUCUAAUCAGUAAGAAUCGAAGAACGAAAAUCAAACUGAUUACCACUCAAACCCUAAUCAAACGGUGAUUCCCUGCAGAGUUAUAUAUAUCCACAGAUGAACUAUAAAUCAAACGAGAAACGAGACAACCCAAUUAUAUGAAAGAAGAAAAAAAAAUACAAAGAUUAUUACACUCAAUAACUCUCACAUAAUUACGCGUUAAGUCAAUAAAACACACUUCGAAGUGAACGCCAGGGGUAGCGAUCGCAACGAAGAUAUCCAGUAUAGGCCCUCAUUAUAUCUACUAUGUACGUGUUACUAUUUCGAUUUGAGCAGAAAGGGAAACCAAUGUUUAGAUUUGAGAAGCAAAACUAAAUCUGUUAUUUUUGUGUAGCAUUUUCUUCCUCGACGUGCAAAAACAAAUGACACCUUAAAAGAACCUCUAUUGGUCAUCGGAAAGUGUGUAGUAGAGACAGGCGCAGCAGCAGGUGACAGUUGUACGACAGAAAUGAGAAAAUAUCUACGAAAAUAGGUCCGUCACAGCAAUUUGUUCACCUACAUGUUCGGAAGCUAUAUACAGUGAGGAGGGAGGACGGUAGCAUACCUAUGAUAAUAAAUUUUUCUUAUUGCGCCAGUUAUACUCAACCUGACCUAUUUCA